AACCUGGGAACGAAGCCGGAGAAAUUCUAUUCAUAGGCAACGUUAAAAUCCGACGAACAGAGAUAGUUGGACGCAGAGAGAGAGUGUGUGUGAGAGAAUAAAGGGAGGAAGAGAGUGAAAGGUGCCUAGCUGGUUGCUAUGACGGAGAUAUUCCUUUGGCUUUUGACAUUUUUCCUGAUUCUGGCUUUGCUUUGUCUCCUCGGUUAUCAGCUUAUAUUGUUAGUGGAUCUAGAGUUUGAUUAUAUCAACCCUUAUGAUUCAGCUUCAAGGAUAAACUGGGUUGUCUUGCCAGAGUUUAUCGUCCAAGGAGUCCUAUGCUUCAUCCUUCUUGUAACAGGGAACUGGUUUAUGUUCUUGAUGUCUCUCCCUUAUCUGUAUUACAAUGUAAAAUUGUACAUGACGAGACAACACUUGGUUGAUGUUACUGAAAUCUACAAUCAGCUUAAGUGGGAGAAAAAGAAGAGAUUCAUCAAAGUUGGAUAUCUUAUUCUGCUGUUUCUCGUUUCGGUGUUCUGGCUGGUUUGGAGUAUUGCUGAUAUAGAUGAUUAACCAGUGGGCCAACUCUCUUGCCAUCUGCCCGCAUGCUCAUGUCUUUCAACUUAACAGCGGCAUUUACAAGACUCUCUGUAUUUUAUGCUGUGACUUUGGGAAAAUGACAGACGUAGACCAUGGAGCGAUUUUUUCCCCCCCCAAUAUAAGGAGGGACCUUAAUAUUUGCGAAUGUCGUGUUACUCUUUCUUUUUUUGGGAACAAACUUGUGAAAUUUCAUGUAAAUUUGGGAAUGGAAGUUAGAAGUUCUCAAGGUGACUUUUAAUUUUUUGGAUUAA